CUCUUCCACCCCUGGCCCUUAGGCCGUGGAACAAGCUGGGCACGUGUGCUGCGAGGUUGGCAGUGGCCGCCGCCUGCUCCUCGCUUCUCUUUGCAGGGGAAAAGAUCGGGCGUGGGGACUUUACAAACAUCUCUAUCCUUUAAAAAUGGAAGCAGUGGAAAUGGAUAAUGUAUUCCUGAAGCGUCCUCAUUCUAAGGAUGAUGAGGCUAAUGUGGAUGAAACUAAAAGGCAGAAGGUCUUGGAAGAACCACUGAAAGGGAGGGAGAAUGCUGAUUGUAAGGUUGAAGCUGAGGCGGAGCAGACUGUGAAACCUGUGCUUGAAGGCUCAAAUAAGGAAAAAGUCCUGAAUGAGGAAAGUGCAGAACAAGAUGAUGAAGAAGAACUGGAAGAAAGUGAUGGAGAAGGAGAAACAGAGAGCUUUGCAGACAUGAUGAAACAUGGGUUGACCGAGAUAGAUGUUGGCAUAAGAAAAUUUGUUAGUUCCCACAAGGGCUUUUCUGGAAUAUUAAAAGAGAGAUAUUCAGAUUUUGUUGUUCAUGAAAUAGGAAAAGAUGGACAUACCAUCCAUUUAGAUGAUUUCUCUGUGCCAGUGGACGAUGAGGAUCCUUCUGAAGAGAACUUUACCGUGUUGUCGGCUGAAGACAAACAGCGCUUAGAAGAACUCCAGCUGUUUAAAAAUAAAGAAGGCAGUGUUUCCAUUGAGGUAAUUGAUGACACGAAAGAGAAAAGAAAAGUUAUACACCAGGCUGUAAAAGCUUUGUUUCCAGGAUUAGAGACUAAAACGGAGGAUCGGGAUGGGAAAAGAUACAUCAUUGCUUAUCACGUAGCUGGGAAAAAGGCACUUGCAAAUGCAAGAAAACAUUCUUGGCCAAAAUCCAGGGGAAGUUAUUGCCACUUCGUAUUAUACAAAGAAAAUAAGGAUACCAUGGAUGCAAUCAAUGUACUAUCAAAAUUUUUAAGAGUUAAGCCGAACAUCUUUUCCUACAUGGGGACGAAAGACAAAAGGGCUAUUACAGUUCAAGAGAUUGCUGUUCUAAAGAUUACUGCUCAACGCCUGGCUCACUUAAAUAAGUGCCUGAUGAAUUUCAAACUUGGAAACUUCAGUUACAAGAACUACCCCCUGAAAUUGGGAGAAUUGCAAGGAAAUAAUUUCACAGUGGUUCUCAGAAAUAUAACAGGAACUGAUGAUCAGGUUCAACAAGCCAUGCAGUCUCUCAGGGAAAUUGGAUUCAUUAACUACUAUGGAAUGCAAAGAUUUGGAACCACAGCUAUUCCUACAUAUCAAGUUGGAAGAGCUAUUCUACAGAAUAAUUGGAAUGAAGUCAUGGAUUUAAUACUAAGACCACGUCCUGGAGCUGAAAAGGGAUACUUAGUAAAAUGCCGAGAGGAGUGGGCAAAAACUAAAGAUCCAGCCGCAGCGCUCAGAAAACUGCCUGUGAAAAGGUGUGUGGAAGGACAGUUGCUUCGGGGACUUUCAAAGUAUGGACUGAAGAAUAUAGUCUCUGCGUUUGGCAUUAUACCAAGAAAUAAUCGUUUGAUGUAUAUUCAUAGCUAUCAGAGUUAUGUGUGGAAUAACAUGGUGAGCAAAAGAAUAGAAGAAUAUGGACUUAGAGCUGCACCAGGAGAUCUUGUACUAAAAGGAGGUACAGCUGUUUAUAUCGAAGAAGCAGAAGUUAACAAUUAUACCAUCCAUGAUGUUGUGAUGCCAUUGCCUGGUUUUGAUGUUAUCUAUCCAAGGCAUAAAAUUGGGGAAGCCUACAAGGAAAUGUUAGCUGUGGACAAUCUGGACAUCAAUAACAUGAAACAUAAAAUUCGAGACUAUUCAUUAUCUGGAGCAUACAGAAAGAUUAUUAUCCGGCCUCAGAAUGUGAGCUGGGAGCUGGUUGUAUACGAUGACCCUAAAAUUCCAUUAUUUACUACUGACUUGGAUAAAAUGGAAGGAAAACCCCCUGCAGUUCUUGCUACAGAAGGCAAAUUCAAGGCUCUUAAGAUGGAGUUCUCCCUUCCACCAUCUACUUAUGCGACAAUGGCCAUCCGAGAAGUGCUAAAAAUGGACACAAGCAUAAAAAACCAGACACAGUUAAAUACAAUAUGGUUACGUUGAUGAUCUUUUGCAGUGAUUGGAUCAAUGUUUUAACAUGAAAUUCGUUUCUAAAUUACUAGUUUUAUCCAGGUACUUUCUAAUUAAAAAUUGUAUUUUUGUAUUAGCUUAAAGAAUAUAAUUUCAGAUUUGUUGUAAAGUGGUGUUUGAAAAAAUGUAACUUUGUUUUUAAAAGAUCUGAGCAAAUAUGGUGCUUGAGCUGUUUGAAGAGUGCGACUUUACUAGCUUGCAAGAAAAUGGGAUAACUUUGUUAGUAAUUUCAGAUCCUCAGAAGUAUGUAAAAAGUGUUUUCUCAGAUAUGAUAGUAAACAUGUCUUCACGAGUUUGGAUGAAAAUUGGUUGCAAGCAUGCCUAAUUCUGCAUUUCAGGAAAACUAGAAUAGAGUACAAAUGAAUGUAUAAUUAUAUCCAGUGAACAGAUGUAUUUAGCCUUAAGAGUGCUGAUAGGAUCUGCGUUCAUAACAAAAUGAGCUGUGUUGGCAAAAUGUUCAUGUCUCUAUGUGAUGUAAACAUAUACAGCUGCUUUUAUUUGAGCUGUAAUUUUAUUAAACUUUGUUGUCCAUUUUUUGCAACCUGUUUCAACUUGUAAAGAAGCAAACAAACCAUGUAAGGGUUUGUAUCCUUAACAAAUGUUGUUUAGCUCCAACAUUUAUGGUUUGUCUAUUGCUGGCAAUGGGCGAACUAGGAAAAUCUGUAUCCUGGCAUGACAGGAUUAAAUAGCCUUUCUGAAUUUGA